CAAUUGAUGGCUGCCGCUGGAUUUUUUAGUAUCGAAGCAAACACAAGUGCAUUAUUAACAUUUAUCUCUAAAAUCAAGGAAGGGGAGGAUAAAGCAAUGCUUAAAGAAUUUAGUAUAGCUUAUAUACAGAAAUAUGCGGAAAAAUUACAUACAACUCUGAAUAAGAAAAAAUCUAUAUUCACUAGCAAAAAUAAGCAGGCCAAAUUAAACGAAAAAAUUACACAACAAUUAAACAAUUUGGACAUUGCAAUCAAUUUGGGUUACAUGCGUUUUAUUUACAUGGAAGAAUUUUGUAAAAAUGUGGAUAAAAUAUACAAAGGGGAUAAAUUAGGGAAGUUCAAGGAGUAUCUGAAGGAUUACUGUACUGGAAACAUAAAUAAGAUUUUGGACAGUUUGAAAACUGUAAUUAAAUAUGAUUAG